CGCGAGAUAACAUCAAUGAUGAGGCGAUAACACCAACCUCGACAAAAACCUUUUUUGAUUCAUUUGUAAUCUUGGCAUAUCAGCUUUUAUGGGUCUAUCCGAUCUUUUUGCUUAGUUUUUUUUUAAAUUCUAUGUGGUAUCAACAGAUUGCAGACCGUGCUUAUACAUUGCAAUAUGAUAGAUCUCCGAAUCCACAGUUGACCUACACUCG